UUUUGUCGGUAGGGAGAAAGAUAACGGUGAAAGUAGCCCUGAGUGACACGCUGGUGCUAUGACAGAUGUGACGGAUGGCGUUGUUGCUAUAAGGACGGGGAGUGAUUGUGUUCGGCUGAUGAAGAGGGAAGUUAUGACUCGAUUGUUGUCGAAGAUGGAAAUCAAGUGGCGUGCAUAUGAGGAAAGGUCUGCGAGGUCAGCCCUCUUGGAAAUACAUUUCCCAGAACGAGACAUAAUGCGCCAAGAAACACAGGAUGACUGCUGCUCCGUCGCGCCUGGAAGUUUUUGUGCCGCAAACGAGCAUAAGAAUCAGCCAAAAAAACAAAAGCGGCUUCGCGCUUUACGUGCAGAACCUCCAAGCGAUGGAGUGCCAAACGUAGAUGGAAAGGAAAUGACCUCUACAAAAAGGUAUCUGACGAGGUUCCGAGGUAUUAAAGCAACCAUAAACGUUUCAAAGAGCAUUACUAACAGGAAGGGGAUACCCCAUAUGAAAACAGGUGUGAAACUGGGAAGGGAAGUUGCACAGAAGAACAUUAAGAAGACACUGACGUCCUCCACUCAGGAUGAUGAAGGCAGCAAUGAGCAAAAUGACGUACCACCUGAGAAGAAACGAAAGUUCUUUUCGGCACCGCUUCAAGUUGUAUGGAAGGCCACAAAAUGUCGUUUCAGCUCCAUAGCUAAGAUCAAGAAGAGCUGGAAUUCGGGUUUUGUGGUGAGACGAGCUUCAACACAGUCGAUCGCUUCAAAUCCAACACUAAUCCGUCCUGCACUACGUGGCGGUAAGGACCAUAACGAGAUUGUUAUGAUAGUUCCGACCCCAAAACUAGAGAAGCAGACGUUACAGUGUGAACCUGGUGCUACACACAGUGGCAGUGGAGUACAGCCACAAAUAUCCAAACAGAUUUUGAACCACAAAGCUCAAGAGGAGAAAGAAAACGAAGCUGCAACACAUGGCUUCACAUGGAAAGGGCAGGGACCUCUUGCACACUCUACGCCGUACUCUGCCCGACAUCCCGAUGAAGAUCUAGUGGAAUCCCGCACAUGUCCCGGCAAAGUGAACUGCACCUCCCAGAGAAGAUUUUCCAGUGAAACAGAAGAGCAAAUUGAGGCUCAAGCAUUGGACAUGUACUCCACAAAAUCCAGCUCAUGCUUCAGCAAAGCAGACGACGGUUUGGGCGGGAAUGUGGUUUCUCUUUCACACGAGGAAGCACGUGACAUGGGAGCAGCAAUAGGAGCUCUGUUUCCAGUCUUCCACAAAAAUGCAUGGGAACCUUCUCCAGUCAACAGGGAUGUGGCAACUGCUCUACCCAGGUUCCAAAAGAAACUCCUCCGAGCAGCACAGGACCCGCUGCAGCUGAUAAUCGAUGCUGGACAGAAGAAGUUUGGAAUAGUUACAUGUCAGGAAUGUAGCAUGACCUACAGUGCAGGAGAGGCGGAUGAUGAAGUUGCUCAUCAACGACACCACGAGCAACAGUUGGGCCCACUAAAGUUUUUGGGUUGGAAGAAGGAGCGCAUAGUUGGCGUUGGUCUUACUCCCGACAGCCGAAUUGUGAUGGUUCUACCAAGUGACGAAAAGUACAUCCUCAGCAAAGUUACGGAGAUCCAGGAACGUGUCGAGAGAGAACUCGGACACGAGGAUGAACAAGAACCAAAAGCAGAAUGUUCGCACUUCAUCUACGUCGCGCAAAAGCAAGUUGUGGGAUACCUAUCCGCAGUGCCAUUGAAAGAGGCAUACAGAGUGGUCCGGCCAAAAGGGGACACAAAUUCCGAAAGCAUCACCUACAACCCAGAGCCUGUCCAGGCCCGGUGUGGGGUGUCGCGAGUAUGGGUUGCAGAUUCUCACAGGAGGAAGAAGAUUGCCACCAGACUGCUAGGCUGUCUCAGGAAGAACUUCACUUCUGGAGAUCCUCUCGAAGUCACUGAGCUGGCAUUUUCUGUGCCAACUGUUACGGGACAGCAGUUGGCUGCGGCGUACAGUAGAACGGAAGAAUUUCUCAUUUACUGGUGAUGAAUUAUUUAUUUUCAUGUGCACGGGGCCCACACUUUUAUCACAAUGUAUAGUGCUGAGUGGGACUGUUCAACAGAGACACAUCUUGAUGGAUGGCUGUAUCAACUUUUUUUUUAUGCAAAUAGCAAAGUUUGCCAGAGAAACGAUGCUUAGUUUACGAAAUGGAUUAUAUGUACUUGCUUCUAGUCCACACAUAUUUUUUAUAAAGUCCAGUUUAGAUGCAUAGAAUUCGUACGUAUCAUAAUAUGCGUUGUGUGUAUAUGACAAAACAGAGCUUUUAGCUGUGUGUUUAUAUUGUCUUUGCCAAUAAUUGUUUUCACUCCUUGUUCAUUGGUUACGAGCUUAGAAAAUAAACUUCACAAAAACUGGUUUGGCCAAAAUAAUGUGCCAACCACUGCACGGUGCAUAUAUGCGGUCACGUGUCAUAGGCAAACAUGUUAGCUUCGGGUUUUAUCUUGGUUGUUUCAAGAAGUCACCUGUUCGUACAUCGUUUCUACCUUGUAGCAGGAGGGUAAUGCGUGAAAAUAAGUUAUCUAGUUUACUUUGUGGCCAUGUUCACUGCCACCUGAGACAUCUCCUUUGUGCCUCUCAGAUGCCUCUGUAGCCUG